GCAUGCGCUACGUUUCGAGUCGCCCCCAAAGUUUCGCUUGCCCCUCGAAACAAUCGCACGUUUGGAGAGUCCGCACGGAGUAAGACUCGUCACCAAAAAGCAUAAAAUGGACCAACUCUUUGGUCACCUCUUUGGUCUCAAGUCACUUGCAAAGCCUUGUGCUACAGGGAUCAACUAUGCUAUCUUUGGCCGCAAAAAGACCUAUCAAGCGCUUCCUACACCAACCACUGUUCAUGGGUGUACUCCGUGCCGAAACGUUCCCCCAUUUCGGCACGUCUCUUGUGGCUUGGCAUUGCGCUCUUAUACACGGGAAUUAUGCUACCUGUCGAGAAUCUGACACUUGGUCACCUGCCAUCCCAUCACAUUUCUUGAAGCGCCAGCUCGAUAGUUCUUCUAUGGACUGCCAUGGCUGCAGUUGGCACACACGAUGAUAAGUUAGCGGUGCUGGCACACCGUGGUCAUCAAGACAUGGGAAGUAGUAAGGCUGCAAGGGCUACACAACGGAAAGAGACGGAUAGCGAGAUGGAACACCAUGGCCAGCGAAACGUCAACGUGCAUCUCGAGAAUCCGAAUGCAAUUCCACCCAAAUCACCGCGGAGAAACCUACAGCCACUACCUUCGUCUCGACUCGCGAGUCCGUCACUGGAGCAAUCACAACCACCCCGAUCCAAGUUGCCGUCAUCUUCUGCUGGCCGAGUGGACAUGGAGAUAGCCAACAGCACAAGCACUCAACAAGUACCGUCAAAGUCGCCAAUGACGUCGUUGGCCGAAUCAGGAGUCCUCCCAGGCGUGAACCAAGCCGAUCCUGAAGACUUGGCCAACAAGAUGCCAGGAAAGACCCAACCGAAACCGUCACUGGAUGCUGCGGCCCUAUCUCUCCUUCCUAUGGACUCUCCUUCUACCUCAUGGGCCACUGUAACAACCUUUAUGACUUCGACGCAAACCAUUUCAGCCCCAACGCAAACCACAUCCAGCUCUGAAAUGGGUCCAGGAUUUGCGUGGCCAACACCGACUACGCUUACUACUACUACGACGGCGGCGCCUUCGUUUAGUGAAAUUCCCCUACCCUCAAUCAGCAGCUUUGUUCUCUUUUCGAAAUCGGAAGAUUUAAGAGAGCAGGCUACACCGCCUGCUUUGCUUUCUUCUUCCAGCUUUACAACGGCAGAAGCCAUAACUGCAUCUCUGCUACCGUCAACGCCUCCUCUACCAACGGUUGUGCCCACGCCUUCCAGCUUCGCCAGUGCAUCUAAUGGUAAUCGGCGAACGGGGCUGACCCCGCUAUCGAGGUCUCUCUUUGUUCUUUUUGGUGUCCUAGGCGUCAUAACCCUGAUCAUUGCAGCCGCAAUCUUCUUUGUAGGAAGACGAAACAGAAAACGCGAGGAAGCGCUAGCAGAACAAUAUGCCCGAGAAGCACGGUCCAAUGAACGCAAAAGGCCCAUCUCGAACACUUCCUCUCGUUAUGACGAUGAUCAAGAUAUACCCGUGUACAUGACUGAUAGCGAAAGAAACAUUGUGCGUCGUGCUGCGACGCAAGAUGGUCAGCCUGAAAUGAACAUCACAGCUCCUGGUGCAAGACUGCACGACGCAAUCAACACGUUCAUCGCAAAGUCGAGACGUCUAACGUACAAGAUUUCCCCGUAA